UCUUCGAACUGAAGUUAGCACCACGUGUCACUGACGUGUGGCAACCAGGCGUAGUAGUAAACAUUGGAGGACUUUAAAUAUUUAUUUCUAAUAAAAAGAUGUCUGCCUUAUUCAACUUCCAAAGUCUUCUCACUGUAGUACUUUUAUUAAUAUGCACCUGUGCUUACCUCCGGGGGCUUUUCCCCACAUUUAUGGAUAGACACAAAGUGGGUAUAUCAGCAACAUUCUGGAAAUGCGCCCGCAUAGGAGAAAGGAUUUCACCAUACAUCUCAGUUGGUUGUUUAGUCAUGGCAUUUUCCAUAUUAUUCCGAUCCUAAUUAAGAUAUUAAAUACAUAUAUAUUUUGUAUUAAGUAAGUUGAUGAGAUUUAUUCGCCCUGAAUUAUGCAAGCUAAUUAGAUAUUAAAUACAUAUAUAUAUUUUGUUUUAAGUAA